CUCCUCGCAAAUGACGGCGCCGACAUCAACGCAGUUGGCGGCAUGCACGGCUCUGCGCUAGCUGGCGCCGCAUAUAGCGGCCGUGAAGACGUCGUUCGCGUGCUACUCGAGCGUGGCGCCGACGUCAACAUCCGCGGUGGCUUGUUCUGCACUGCCCUCCAUGCAGCCUGCUCGGAAAAGAACUCGAGCAUAUUCCACUUGUUGCUC